AUGCGCGAACUCCGGAAAAAACUGAGCGGAUGCAAGGACGCAUCAGAAAUGGUCGCUUCUAAGUCGAGAACAAGAGGAGUUUCUAGAAAGACUGAAGAUGAAACGGCAAAAAUUGUCUUCAGGAAAGCAGCGGAGUUGUGGAUGAAAGACACAUGCAUUAACAUCACAGAAGACCCAAAUGAAGAAGCUGACGACCUUCUUCUUGUGUUCAAAGAGCACGGAUGUUGGGCAGAAGUUGGCAGACAAGAAGGAUGGCAGUUACUUUCACUGGGCAAAGACUGUGACACUGUAGUGUUUGAAGUUAUUUCCACUUCGUACAAAGCCAGGGUGUGCUAA